UGCACCCGUGCGUCCUACAGUAACGCCGCGUCUGCCUGCCUGAAACCAGCCCGAAUGUUCCUGCCGUAUGGCGGAUUCUUCCGGACUCGGAUGACCCUCCGGCCAGAAGUUAGAUUACGUGCAGUGGCGGAGUCGCCUUUGGGCAAAGGUCCCUGUGGCCGGGGGGUUCCAGUGGGCAGGGCUCCCCUCUUAACCACCUCCGCCUUUCUCCUCCGCUCAGCCACGCCAUCUGCACCCCGCAGCAUCGAGGCCAAGAUCAACGGCUCGGUGGCCGUGUUGGAGUGGAGCGAACCCUUGGAAAACGGUGGCCGAGAUGACGUGGCUUAG